CAGAGCAGCAGCAAUUUAAUAAUGGAUUUAAUACAGGCUUAAGCGUUAAGAAUAAGCACCUUCAACAUACUUCAAAUAAUAGCGACAGAAGAAGCAAAAUCACUCUGACAUAUUGGAGACUAAAAAGCAUCAAACUAAGACAGUAUUAGAAGACUGCUGGGAGUAUAAAAGUAAUCAAAAAAAAAAAAAAAAAGGUUUUGGAUGAACAGUAAACAAAGCUUUAUCUACUAGAAGAUAAAUAUAAAUUAUUUAUGGCGUGGGAGCUGAACACGCAGCAGCCAGAAAUAUAGCAUUGUGUGAACCCGAAAUAAUAAACUUUAAUUAAUUAAUUUAUUUUAAGGCGAAACUAUCAUCCAAGUGAGAAAAGGAACACUAGGUGGCGGCAUUUGCCUAUAUAUGGUGCGGAAUACGCAGAAGAAGUUCCAUGUGGAAAAAACAAACAAACAGGAUGCGCGAGAUUUAAAUGCUGAAAGUUUUGUGAAGUGGUGGUUAAUAUUAAUCGAUGAGGCUGUAGCUGAUCGUGUACGAGUUUCAGUGAAGGAUAUUUGUGGAUUAUUCGCUGGAUAUGCCGUAGUUGCCACAGAUGGGCGUCAGUAUCAGGUCACAAGCCCCUCCCACAACAAUUCACCAAUAAAUACUGGGAACAUUUACAUCAUCCUACAAGAGAAGGACAAACUCCAGGUGUAGCAGCUGAAAUCUGUGUGACUUUUAAAGAUGGAGUUUAUUAAAGAGGAGAUUGAAGACUUGAGUGAUUCAUCAUCUGAGGAACAAACUGACCAAAUGGAAGUGAUGGAGCAAAGACAUGAAAUGGAUGAAGUGGAGGAGAAACAUGACUUCAAAACUCCAGGAACAAAAGCCAAAAAGCUGCACACCUGCUCACAGUGUGGGAAGAGUUUCCAAAAUGAAGCACAACUUAACAAACAUAUAAGAGUUCACACUGGAGAGAAACCGUACACAUGCACUCAGUGUGGGAAGAGUUUUACUCGUAAAGCAGGUCUCUGUUAUCAUCUGCACGUUCACUCUGGAGAAAAGCCAUUCAGCUGUGAUCAGUGUGGCAAAGACUUUAUUUCACCAGCAAAUCUAAAAACACACCUGAAAGUCCAUUCAGAUGAGAGGCCUUAUGUGUGUUCUUUCUGCGAUAAAAGUUUCCGUCAGUCUGGAAGCCUGAAAGUACAUGAGCGUGUUCAUACCGGAGAGAAGCCGCACCGCUGUACUCAGUGUGAGAAGAGUUUCAAAUGCACCAAAGCUUUCAGUAAUCAUCUGCGUGUUCAUUCUGGAGAAAAGCCAUUUAGCUGUGAUCAGUGCGGUAAAGAUUUUAUUUCAAAAUCUUACCUCAAAAAACACCUAGCUUUUCAUACAGGUGUUAAACCACACUCGUGUUUUCUCUGUGGAAAGAGUUUUUCAAGGCUGGAUCAUUUCAAACUGCACCAGAAAACACACACUGACCAGAAGGAUCAUGAAUGUGGUGAAUGUGGGAGGACCUUUCUUACCGCUAGAUACCUGCAAGUUCACCAGAGAAUCCAUACUGGAGAAAGACCUUACAAGUGCUCGUAUUGUGACAAGAGUUUCAGCGCUUCAGGAUACGUGAAAGUACAUGAGCGAGUUCAUACCGGAGUGAAGCCGUUCCACUGCCCUCCGUGUGGGAAGAGCUUUGGGCAGUUAAGGAAUCUAGUGUCUCAUAUUAAAAAGCAUCGUUGUGCGUCACAGUGACCAAAUGACUUCAGGUCCGAUAUUCAAAGUAAAUGUGUAGUUUAGAGUUGCUGUGAAAUGUAUAGAAGUUUGAUUCUGUCAUGGAAUAAAACAGUUUAAAAGAAAAAAAUUAACUUUUAUAUAUAGUCAAGUCAAGUAUAAUAAAGUCACAAUUCUGAAGUUUUUUUUGUUCUAGCUAUUAUGAGUUUAUAUCUCACAAUUCUGACUUUUUUUUUCUCAGAAUUGUGAGAUUGUGUUAUAAUGCGAGGGGGAAAAAAGUAAAUUCUGACUUUAUAACACACAAUUUUUGUUUUUAUAUCAUGAAAAUCUGAGAAAAAAGUCAGAAUUGUGAGAUUAAAAACCUUUUUUUUUUUUUUUUAAUUUUUUUUUUUAUUCAGUGUCGGAAACAAGCUUGCAUAGAAAUGUCAGACAAUUUAUGGAGGUAUUUUUUUAUUAUAUAUAUAUAUAUAUAUAUAUAUAUAUAUAUAUAUAUAUAUAUAUAUAUAUAUAUAUAUAUAUAUAUAUAAUUUAUUUAUUUUUUUUUUUUUUAAGAAAUGUUUGGGGAACUGCAAAAGUAUUGAAUCACUUUAAUCUUUUAUUUUGUGCUGAAUGCCUGAAACAAAUAUAUAACAAAAACAGUCAUUAGUCAGUAUGAAACGAUGCCCUCAGUUUUUUAACUUAAUUUUUUUUUUAACUGUUUUUAACUGUCUUUCCGUGAAAACUGUUUUCAUAUACAUUUCUCUGCAACAUCAAAGCUGUCUAUAGGCUCUGUAUGACAAAAAUAAAAUGACUAUUUCAUUGACAA